AUGAAAAUGAAAAUCAACAAAGCCAUCGAUCUAAGCUCCAUCUCCGUUCUUCCUCCUCAAAUGAGGAGGUCGAGUGUGGUUACGGGUGGAUUAGAGUCUUCUUCGACCUUUGGGAGACGGCAAACAGCACCACAGCUUCGGCCACAACACUCGCAGCUGACACUUUCACAGGGAGUUUCAUCUCAGCAUGGCAUCUUCUCUCAGUUUUCACAGAAUUCACAGGAUGAGAUCCUCACGGCCGAGAAAUUGGGAUAUCAAGAACGAGAGAAUUCAGCAAGAAGGUCAUCUUGCCAGCCUCCAGUAAGUCACACUAGAGAGGACAGUCAAUUGAUGGCAUCUAGAACUUCCAAUAAUUUGAUGCACAGGUGGUCUGGUCAAGAAUACAAAAGUCAGAAUAGUGAAGAACUUGAGCACAGAAUUGGAGUGAUGGAAACGUCAUUAAGCAGGCUUCAUAUGCUACUGGACACUGUUCAGAGUGACAUAAUCCAAGUAAACAGGUGUACAAAGGAAGUAUCAUUAGAACUGAAAGCUGUGGAGCAGAAACUUAAUGUCCAAGAUAACUCACUGCAAUUAAUGAGCAAAGGUCAAGAAGGCAUCAAACUGUGCCUGGAUGUAGGCCUGCAAUCCUUGUCUGAUCAACUCAAGCAGAAAGUGAACCAAGAGAAUUUGGAGGCAAUGAUCUCACAUAUUUCAGCUUUAUCAGACAAAUUUGAGACUGUCAUGAUGAAAUUGCAAAAUGACCUCCACAUGGAUUUCUGCAGAGAAAUACAGGCAUGUGCAAUGUCAUGUAGCAUGAUGAUUUCCGAACAAACACGAGCUACUGAUUCCACUAAUGGGCCUAAGGCUGUCAGCCGUCAUGCUUCUCAUCAGGAGGAUCAGUAUCCAAACAAUGCAAAAGGUCACCUGAAAGAACAGCAAAAAUUUCUAGAGCUGAAGGUUGAAACGGGAGGCUGGAUUAUGGUCAAACCAGAACAAGCAACCAGGGUCAUUGGAAAUCUUACGACGAAUGACCAAAUAAAAAAAUCUCUGAAUCAAAUGGAAAGCAAAGUUGUUAUCGACUCGGACGAAGAAACUGAUGAAGGUUUUUCCUGUUUGCUCAACGGAAACGGAACAGAUAUGGAUGAAUACUCGGUGGAGGAAGCCAUGCAAGAAACUGCACGUAUUCUGAGGAAGGCAAGGAGGAGAAAGAGAAAACGUCGCGAUACCAUCGUUAUAGACUGA